GCGAGCGGAAGCGCCCCCUUCCUUGUCGACGUCAUCGAUGACGUCAAGGGCCAACCGUGCGGGCAGGCGGCCGGCAGCGGGUGUUGCCCGUUGUGUGUGCGUGCGUGUGUGUGUGGUGAGCGACGCGUGCUCCUUGUGUUCCGCCAGCCAUGUGAUGUUGCCGUGGAGCGUCCUGUUCCUGUUAGUGACGUUGUUGCCGCGGGCGACGAGGUCCAGCGGGGAACACCCCUGCGGUUCUGCGGUGCUGUCAUGCCGUUGUUCUGGGCCUCCGGAUGUCCUCAAGCUGGACUGCUCGGCUUCAGGGCUGAGCCAGGUGCCGGCCGGGAGGCCAGACUUGGCGGUCGUCGCCCUGGAUUUGAGCCGGAACAACCUGUCGUCGUUAGAGGAGGACGCCUUCGACAACUACUCACACCUCGAAGAACUCCGACUGGACUACAACGAUUUGGAAUGGCUUCCUCCGCUGGUGUUUACGCCGCUAGUGAAGCUCACUUUUCUAUCAGUGGAAGGCAACAACAUCACCGAGUCACCAUCGGAAGCGUUGCAACAUUUGACGGUUCUGGAGACGCUCCACCUCAACAAAAACCGGCUACAGUCACUGGGUAACAACUGGGCACCCCUGCGUCGGCUGCGAAAGAUGUGGCUCGAUGGCAACCUACUCGCUGGCGUUCCAACUGAUUGCCUAAAUGCUCUGCCCAACCUGCAGGCCCUCGGCAUCGCAGAAAACAGGAUCGACCAUCUGCCGGCUGCUGCAUUUGGGAACGCUUCGAAACUGGAAGUGCUAAUCCUGCGCAAGAACGAGAUACGAAACAUCGAUCCUGACGCUUUUCGCGGACUCCGGUCUUUACAGGCAGUUGACCUGAGCUACAAUCGACUAAUGGAUCUGCCGGAGGCACUCUCCACGCUUCCCUCUCUUAAGGAAUUGAUCGUAUCGGACAACGAAAUCCGCUUCUUGACCGGUGAUGCAUUCCGUUUCAACGCCGGGCUCACGCUACUUGAGUUGGCAAACAACCCACUCGAGUCCUUCCACAAGGACACCUUCGCUCACCUGCCACAGCUCAAGCGCUUAAUGGUGAAGGAGGUGCCAGGACUGAAGGAGUUCCCCAACCUGAAUGGCACGCACUCCUUGGAGCAGAUUCGACUGAGCCGGGCCCAGCUCGGCUCCGUGCCAGCAGACCUAUGUCGAACCGUGCCCAAGCUCAAGAUGCUGUAUCUCAUGUCGAACCAACUGACGAGUGUUCCAGACCUGACCAACUGUUCUCACCUUCUGCUGUUGGAUUUGACAUACAACCGAAUCCAUUCUUUGGAAGGAAGGCCCUUUCAAGGACUCAGCAAGCUUCGUGACCUCAACCUGGGGAACAACCUCAUCCGUAGGGUGAACGUGGACUCGUUCCAAGGACUCUCUUCACUGCAAGUGCUGGCACUGCAGAAGAAUGAGAUAUUUGAAGUCCACCCGGAUGCCUUUCUGGUGACAACCAAAUUGCAAGACCUAAACCUUGCAGACAACGUGUUCCCGGUGAUGCCGUACCGGGGUCUUCGAGGACUGCACCGGCUGACGACUUCGGGCAACCGCUUCCUGCGUGACUUUCCACCGCCGGAGGUGUUUCCCCACAUCCAGAAGCUGUAUCUGUCGUAUUCGUACCACUGCUGCGUGUACAGACACAAAGAGACAGAGGAGCCGGUUGUCAAGGACGCCGUCCUUUGGCUGAACAAGGAAGACGUUGACAUGGACACCUGGACGACCAAUAUGUCCGCACCAGAUUUCUUCCCAGAUAACAUAUCUUCAAAAUUUCAAGAAUUUACGCACCAGUUGAUCAAGGUCUUCGGUCAGGACUACAUUAUCCCGGAUAACCUGGCCCAGUACUACGGUGAAUACUUGGAAGACUACAAGGCCCUUUACAACGCCGACGACGAAGUACAAUACCCGGUUCAAUGCAUUCCACACCCCACACCAUUCCUGCCGUGUGAAGACCUGUUUGGCUGGUGGACGCUACGCUGUGGUGUUUGGGUGGUGUUUCUACUUGCGAUGUUAGGUAAUGGCCUCGUAGUCGUCGUCCUGUCUCUGGGCCGUUCCAAAAUGGAUGUGCCCAGGUUCCUUGUCUGCAAUCUGGCUCUAGCCGAUUUCUUCAUGGGUGUCUACCUGGGAUUCCUCGCCGUUGUUGAUGCUUCUACCCUUGGAGAGUUUCGGGUGUACGGGAUCUGGUGGCAGUUGUCGGCUGGGUGCCAAGUGGCAGGAUUCCUGGGUGUCUUCAGCUCGGAACUCUCCGUGUACACACUGUCAGUGAUCACCAUGGAACGCAACUACGCCAUUACACACGCCAUGCAUCUCAACAAGCGACUGUCGCUCAAGCAUGCGGGUUACAUAAUGAGCAUCGGUUGGACGUUUGCGCUUAUAAUGGCGAUCCUUCCUCUUGUGGGUGUCAGCGACUACCGCAAAUUUGCUGUGUGUCUGCCAUUCGAGACCGAAACCUCCGCGGCGUCUUUUGCGUACGUCAUAUUCCUCAUCCUUAUCAACGGGGUCGCGUUCCUCAUCCUCAUGGGUUGCUACUUGAAGAUGUACUGCGCAAUACGUGGGUCGCAAGCGUGGAACUCGAAUGACUCGCGGAUUGCAAAACGAAUGGCACUGCUAGUGUUCACCGACUUUCUAUGCUGGGCGCCGAUUGCCUUCUUCUCGCUGACUGCUCUCUCAGGCGUCCAGCUGGUCAGUUUAGAAGAAGCUAAAGUGUUCACAAUUUUCGUUCUUCCACUCAACAGCUGUGCUAACCCUUUCUUGUACGCCAUCUUCACGAAGCAGUUCAAGAGGGACUGCGUGCUCAUCUGCAAAAGGAUCGAAGAGUCCCGCGUCACACGGGGCAUUGGUCGUUGCAGGCACAGCUCAAACUUCUCCAACCGGCAUACGCUGCUGGGCAACACAAACUCUGCUGGUGAACGCGUCACGGAUCAGCCUCAGUGUCAGUGCGGAGUACCAAAGACCAUUACUCCCGGGUGGAAAUCUCUCGCUGCUCGUUACCUACUCUGCCGCGACACUGGAGACUCGAGGACGUCGACAGACGCGGCAGCAUACAGUUACGCCCUGGCGCGCAUUCAGCGUGCCGUGGACCGAGGCGGAGGGCAGAGAAACUCGAGUAUUUCCAGCGAGAAUUUCUCGUCCCGAUCUGACAGCUGGCGACAAGGAAACAUGCCACUCAGGCUGCUGUUAGGUCGGGGCAACACCGCUGGACGCAAAGCGUCGCACGAUUCUAGCUUGUCGUGCAGCAGGCAGGAUUCGUCUACGUCCACGAUGAGAAUGUCCCGCUCGUCAGUGAGCAGUGACGGCAGCAAGCCACCUGCAAGAGUAGCAGCAGAGGCGCCGGCGCGUAGCCUUCGAGGUAAGCCUCAGCUCUGUCGCCAGCUGGCCAUGGACGAUGUGGCCGGUCGCGUUCCUAGGUCGCCACCACGACGCCAGCAGCUGUGCCCUGCGUGCUGCAGGAGGGAUCCGCUCAAGAGCAAGGAAUUCGACGAAAAGUUCAACUGUUUCUACAACCGACUCGCAGAAACAAGCCGUGAAGAUAGUAGCGAGCUAUCGAAAGAUGAUCCAGCUAUUCUUUCUACGGACCAAUCAGACAAUAGAAACUCGGGGAAAGACGAGACGACAAACACGUCUGUGCAGUCGGACGCCCCUGUUCCUCCGCCGCCGCCGCCACCACCACCUAGAAGACCCCAGAAGAGGAUGCACAUUAGUGUGGAUGACAUUUGUAGUGAGCGACGUGAACGUCGUCAUUCGAGUCGAAAGGUAGCUUCGGACAAUUCGCUCAAGAAGCUGUCAUUGAGGAACCUACCUCUGUUCCUUCGCUCGUUGUCUAGUCAGAGCCCACGCAGACUGAAAGUGAGCAGCCAGGGCCAUUUGGAAUCUCGGGCAUCGGAGGGUCUUCCCUGUUCUAAAAGUGACACCAGAAUCCACCACCCGGAUUAUCCCGAGUGGAGUCAGUUGGAACCAAUUCCGCACGGUGGAAGUGACGCGGACAGAUCCGCAUCAGAUAAUGACGAUGUGUUCCUGGAAUUCCGUGCGCGAGACAGCUCUCCCCCCUCACGGCCAGCCAAUUCCGUGUGCGUGCAGGCUGUUGUCACCAGUCCCACAGAAGACGAUCCCCUGCUAGAGCUAGAGCAACGAGGCAUGAAUGUGUAAACAGUUUUUAAUGUGAGGUAGUGCGUGUGUUCAGGAUGUGUCGCCUAUAGGUCAAGCCCUCGCCCUCAUCGAAUCUCCCAUACCCAUGCACUCCCACUCAUCCGUGAGAUUGAGAACAAGGACUGGAGUGAGGCAGCACAUACGAUAUAUGGAAACCAUCGAAAAGUAACAGGAAGGAUGGUGCUGUUAUUGAAAUUGUGUUUGUACCAGAAGAUUUUCUUUUGUAAGGAUGUUGAUUCCGAUCGUGACACGAAGCUAGGUCUUAUAGUCCAUGUGGGCUACAUCCGGGUCUCUCGGCCGUUUGUCCCGGCGUCAAAGUAUUUCCGAAUGAACGUUUAACUCAAUUGCGUAUGUAUGAUGAUGUUAAAAACUAUGCCGCUCGGAGUAGUCACUAAGCGGCACAGACUUUGAUAAGGAAUGCGCGCCAGAA